AUUGCAACGAUAAAGCUCAGAGAUAAGAGUAAGAGUGGGGCCGAUCGUCCAUUGUGGAGCAACUCAUUGGAUCCAAUCAGCAGCCUUGGAGUUUAAAGUGCUUGCAACAAUAGAGCAUCAGCAAGUUGUACACAUACUAGGCAGCCUCAACAGCAUGGGAAAAUACUGAGGUCUGAGGAGCUCAUAGUUUAGGAGGAGGGAAACCAACGGUAUAAUUGGCAUUUGCUGGACCCACUAUGUUAUGACGGGGCCAAUUGACCUGAAGUUUGACUCUACAUAGCUGCCUUUGCAGGUCGGAUUGUGUCACCCUGUCCUCAGAAAGGCUGCCAGUUGGCAAACCCAUCCAGGGGCCGCCAGCACGAACCCAAAAUAUUUUGUACCAUCUCUGCACGCGCCGCAGCAAACCAAACAUCCAACAAAGUCGACUUUGCCUUCCGCAUUGCUGCUGCCCACCAUGAGUUUCGUACCCAUUAACCCGCGGCCGAUGCUGCAGGACCUGGUCAACAAAGACAUACUGGUGCGCUUGAAGUGGGGCGAGACCGAAUACAAGGGCAGACUCGUCAGCAUCGACAGCUACAUGAACAUCCAGCUCAGCAACACGGAGGAGUACAUCGAUGGCAAGAGCACUGGUGCGCUCGGACAGGUGCUGAUCAGGUGCAACAAUGUGCUAUGGAUUCGGGGCGCCGACCAAGGGGAGAAUGCGGAUGUGAGAAUGGAAGGGUGAGGAGGCAGGGGCAAGUGGAAGUUAUCAUCACGCUGCUGCCGCCAGGCUGCGCUUCUGGGAUACCCUCAAAAAAGGUUGAAACGGGAGGUGGAGCACUUGUCACUGGUCAGUACGGCGUUCUGGUUCUGGGGUUGUUUGCAAACGCAAUCUUCACCAUAUCAAAGGGUGCUCUUGAAAUGCUGGCAGUCCUAGGAAACUACGGCAACGGCCAUAGAGGAGGGAGCUAGAUGACUGUUCUAAAGAUAUCUCCCAGAUAGCGGAGAAAUAUGAAAAAGGCUGCCCCCCAAAA